AAUCCUUCUCUUGAAACAGUUUACUGGAUUCCAUCCAUACGGAUCACAAAGUCGCCUACUUCUACUGCAAAUUCCUGUAAAACCCAUGAAGUCCUUCUCCGUUUGUCCCCCAAAGUCGAUUGAAAGAGUUCGAUUUUCACGUGUAUGUAAUUAGAGUGAACAGUGAGGUCCAGCAUAAGCUCUCUUGUUCAGGCUCUUGCUGCAUAUUGAUCGCCAGCUACAACUUCUUUGAUUUGCAGUAUCUGUAUUCUCAAGUAAUACUGUUCUGCUCUCUCUCUUUUCUACCCUUAUUUUCUCCUUUCGAUUAUGUUCUUUGAGUUUUUGGAUUCAUUAGCAUAAUCUGGUUUGCUUCCAGUCCCAGAGGCGUACCCUUGGGUUUUGUUUCUUUACGUUAUCUGGAUUUAGCCCCUUUUUUCGACAUAUCGAAUCUGCUAUUCUGGAAAUUUUGAAGAUUUUAGAACUUUUUUAUAGCCAACUGUGAGAUCCUGCAUAAGCUCUUUUGUUCAGACUCUUGCAGCAGAUUGAAUAAUUCUGGCUUCCUAGUUCUGUCCGGUGGGUCAGUUCUGAUUGUUAUUAGUUCAAUAAUUUUCGUCCCGAAAUUCGAACCGAUGAGCUUUAUGGAGUCAGUUUCACGGUUCUUCAUAUGAUCAAAUGCUUGCUAGGCUUAACCAGAGGUGGUUAGAAUGUUAAAUAUGGAGAAUGGGAAUGAGAUCUCAUCAUCCUUGAGCUUUGCCUCAUCUUCAUAUGUAUCAAAUGGGUCCAAUGGCCACAGUCUGUCGGCCCUCACUGCCUCUGAACCUGGGGCAAACCUUGAAAACGUGAGUUUAAGUAAGCUUAGUGGGAGUCUUGAAAAGCUAUUGCUUGAUGCCGAAUAUGACUAUAGUGAUGCAGACAUCGUUGUUGAGGGUGUCCCAAAGGGUGUGCAUCGGUGUAUUUUGGCUUCUCGAAGUCAGUUUUUUCAUGAGCUUUUUAGGAAGGAAAAUGACAGUUCAAAGAGAGAAGGUAAACCAAGGUACCUCAUGUCUGAUUUGGUGCCCCACGGACGUGUCGGAUUUGAAGCCUUUAAUGUUUUCUUACACUAUAUAUAUACCGGAAAGCUUAAGCCCUCUUCGCCGGAAGUGUCAACAUGCGUUGAUGACUCUUGCAUUCAUGAUGCCUGUCGACCUGCUAUUAAUUAUGCUCUGGAAUUGGUGUAUACUUCCGCCACAUUUCGGGUGACAGAACUUGUUCUGCUUGUUCAGCGCCAUCUUCUGAACUUCAUUGACAAGGCUCUGCCAGAAGAUGUUAUCCCAAUUGUUAUAGCUGCUUUUCACUGCCAAUUGAACCAUCUUCUCUCCCAAUGUGUCCAAAGAAUAGUGAGGUCAGACCUCGACAAUGUGUGUCUAGAGAAAGAGCUUCCUCAUGAAGUUUUUGAUGAAGUUAAAUUGCUUCGCAAAUCUCAGGAAAGUGCUGCAAAUAUUGUUUCUGAAGCAGAUCCUAUGCACGAAAAGAGAGUUGGGAGAAUCCACAGGGCUUUAGAUUCUGAUGAUAUCCCGCUGUUGAAGCUUCUCCUGGAUGAAUCGUAUGUCAGUCUGGAUGAUGCUUUUGCUCUCCACUAUGCUGCUGCCUACUGUGAUCCUAAGGUUUUUAAGGAGGUUCUUACUCUUGGCCGGGCCAAUGUUAACAUUAGGAACUCCCGUGGACAGACAGUGCUUCAUCUUGCUGCUAGGCGUAAGGAGCCAUUGGUGCUACUAGCCCUGCUGAGUAACGGCGCUUGUGCAUCAGAAGCUACUUGGGAUGGACAAACUGCUGUGGCAAUUUGUCGGAGGUUGACUAGGCCAAAAGACUACAAAGAGGGCAUGAAGCACUGCAAAGAAUCAAACAAAGACUGGCUGUGCAUUGAUCUUCUAGAGAGAGAGCUGCGAAGGGAUUCAAUGUCUGGGAACAUGUCAACCUCAUCGUCAGAAGUGAUACCUGAUGACUUACAAAUGAGGCUGGACUACCUGGAAAGUAGAGUGGCAUUUGCAAGGUUAUUAUUCCCAACUGAAGCCAGGUUAGCUAUGGAAAGUGCUGAUGCAGAUUCAACCCCUGUGUACACUGGCCUUCUGGCUUCAAAAUCAAAAGGUUCAAGUGGGAAUUUAAAGGAGGUUGAUCUGAAUGAAACCCCUUCAAUGCGGACCAAAAGACUACAAAUGAGACUGCAAGCCCUUCGUAAAACAGUGGAAACAGGUCGGAGGUACUUCCCCCACUGCUCAACAGUACUCGAUAACUAUUUGGACGAUAUGCCCGAUGUUCGGUACCUGGAAAGGGGCACUUCAGAAGAGCAGGAAGUUAAGAAGAUGCGUUUCGUGGAACUUAAAGACGAAGUGCAGAAGGCAUUCUACAAGGACAUGGCCGAGAAUAGUCGGCCAGGUUUAACAUCCUCCUCAUCAUCUUCAUCGACUAAGAAGGAGGGUAUGAAUCACAAGGUCAGGAGAAAGUAACUUACAGAAUAACUAAAUAUCAUUUUCAUAAAAAUCUGAGAAGGAUUUCAGAGUUUUGAAUUAUGAAGAGCCUGAUUUCUCUGUAUAACAGCAUUAGGAAAACCUACUACUUGUGCUAUUAACUUUUCUGUUGGUUCAUAUUGUGUUUGCUUGAACAUCUCUAGAGUAGCCAACUCUGGAGAAUGAGUCAAGUAGCGUUGAAAUUUCAAUUAUUGAUCAAGGAUUUACUGGUGAAGUUAUGUGACCAACAUAGUCGUCGUGGGUUCAAAUUAGCGUCCAUUACAUGAACUUUGUGCAUUGGAAUUGUUUU